AUGACGGGCUGCAGCCUCCGAAAACCUCUUUUGUGGCUGCCUGUGGCCUUUCUUCUGGCACUGAGGGGUGGAGAGGCGGCGGAGGAGCUACCGGCAGCAGGGGAAGAGAGGCGGCCCCUGCGCCCAGCCCAGCCCGAACCCGAUGACCCCUCCUCUCUGCAGGAAAACGACCUACACUCUGACCCUGCUGCGGCUGAAGACGCCUCAAGCGAACUGGAAAAUGAGCAGCUGAAGCCUCUGAACGGGAAAGCCUCGGAGUGGCACCCUGGCGUCUUUGCCCCCACUGUCCUCGAGACAGCACUCAACCACCUCGUUGAGCUCGCAGCAGAAGACCUUCCAUGGAAGGGUGGAGUAGCAUCAUCCUCAACCGAGCCUCAAGCCGAGGCAGCGGAGAAGGCUGAGGCGGGGGUCAACGCAGAAGCUGCAGCGGAAGAAGCAGAAGAUGACGAGACUUCACGGAACCCAGCUGACACCAAUGCUGACGCAGGAAAGUACACAGAAGCGGUAGAACAAACAGAGGCAGCAACUGCAGCUGAGUCAGCAGAAGAAGCGGAUGCAGCAGAAGAGGCGCAUGCAGCAGCAGAAGAGGUAGUUGCAGAUGAAGCAGAAAGAGUAGCAGCAGAAGAGCUAGCAGCAGCCGAACAACAAGCCGCAGAACGAGCAGCCGCCGAACGAGAAGCAGCAGAGCGCGCAGCAGCAGAACGAGCAGCAGCAGAACUAGCAGCAGCAGAACGCGCAGCGGCCGAACGAGAAGCAGCAGAGCGUGCAGCAGCAGAACGCGCAGCAGCAGAGCGAGCAGCAGCAGAACGGGCAGCAGCAGAGCGCGCAGCAGCCGAACAAGCAGCAGCAGAGCAAGCAGCUGCAGAGCGGGCAGCAGCUGAACGUGCAGCAGCAGAACUUGAAGCAGCGGAAAGAGCCGCAGCCGAGCAAGAAGCAGCAGAGCGAGCAGCAGCAGAGCAGGCAGCAGCAGAACGAGCAGCAGCGGAGCGACUCGCAGCAGAGAUAGCAGCAGCUGAACGAGCAGCAGCAGAGCAAGCAGCUGCGGAGCAGGCAUCAGCCGAACGAGCAGCAGCAGAACGUGAAGCAGCGGAAAGAGCAGCAGCAGAGCGAGCAGCUGCUGAACAAGCAGCAGCAGCCGAGCGAGCAGCUGCUGAACGAGCAGCAGCAGAGCGAGCAGCAGCAGAACGAGCGGCAGCCGAACGAGCAGCAGCACAGCGGGCAGCAGCAGAACGUGAAGCAGCAGAACGAGCAGCAGCUGAACGCGCAGCAGCAGAACGAGCCGCAGCCGAACGAGCAGCAGCAGAGCAAGCAGCAGCAGAGCUAGCAGCAGCCGAAAGAGCAGCAGCAGAACGUGAAGCAGCAGAGCGGGCAGCAGCAGAGCGAGCAGCAGCAGAGCGAGCUGCAGCAGAGCGGGCAGCAGCAGAGCGAGCAGCAGCAGAGCGGGCAGCAGCAGAACGUGAAGCAGCAGAACGAGCAGCAGCAGAGCGGGAAGCAGCUGAACGGGCAGCAGCAGAACGCGCAGCAGCAGAGCGAGCUGCAGCAGAACGUGCAGCAGCCGAGCGAGCUGCUGCUGAACGAGCCGCAGCAGCAGAGCGAGCUGCAGCAGAGCGAGCCGCAGCAGAGCGAGCAGCAGCAGAGAGAGCAGCAGCAGAGCUAGCAGCAGCACGACGGGCAGCAGCCGAGCGCGCAGCAGCAGAGCGAGCAGCAGCUGAGAGAGCAGCAGCAGAGCGAGCAGCAGCUGAGAGAGCAGCAGCAGAACGAGCAGCUGCUGAACGAGCUAAAGCAGAACGUGAAGCAGCAGAGCGGGCAGCAGCAGAGCGGUUAGCAGCAGAACGAGCAGCAGCAGAACGAGCAGCAGCAGAAAGAGCAGCAGCAGAAAGAGCAGCAGCAGAACGAGCAGCAGCAGAAAGAGCAGCAGCAGAAAGAGCAGCUGCUGAAAGAGCAGCAGCAGAACGCGCAGCAGCAGAACGCGCAGCAGCAGAGCGGGCUGCAGCAGAGCGAGCAGCAGCAGAACGAGCAGCAGCUGAGAGAGCAGCAGCAGAACGAGCAGCAAAAGAGCGGGAAGAAGCUGAGCGAGCUGCAGCAGAGCGAGCUGCAGCAGAACGAGCAGCAGCAGAGCGAGCGGCAGCGGAGCGAGCAGCAGCAGAGCGUGAAGCAGCAGAACGAGCGGCUGCAGAACGAGCAGCAGCAGAACGUGAAGCAGCAGAGCGAGCAGCAGCAGAGCGGGCUGCAGCGGAGCGUGCAGCAGCAGAACGUGCAGCAGCAGAGCGAGCAGCAGCAGAGCGGGCAGCAGCAGAAAGAGCAGCUGCUGAAAGAGCAGCUGCUGAAAGAGCAGCAGCAGAACGUGAGGCAGCAGAGAGAGCAGCAGCAGAGAAAGCAGCAGCAGAGAAAGCAGCAGCAGAGAAAGCAGCAGCAGAGCGUGAAGCAGCCGAGCGAGCAGAACGUGAAGCAGCUGAGCGUGCAGCAGCAGAACGUGAAGCAGCAGAACGAGCAGCAGCAG